CCCUGCUGGUGACUCCGGGGUAGUUCGCACGUCUCCUGCCGGAAUUCGUCAUCGUCCGGGUCUGAGCCGUUUCCUACUUCCGCAAACAGAGGGCUGCGAGCUUCCCCGUUUAUCGGCAGAUCAAUGCGGCGGCGGACUUCUGCUUCUCAUUUCCUGGCUCUCUUUAACAUUUCCGACACCUCUGACAUUUAUGAGUGAUUGAUCGGCGUCAUGACGGCCAACAGCCGCUGCUCCGCCGCGGACCCCGGGCUGGAGACCCAGCGACGGGAGAUCGAGUCUCUUCUGCGGGAGUGCGAGCUCCGCGCUGGGGAGAGCUGGUAUGUGGUGGAUCGCCGCUGGUUUGACCAAUGGAAGGAGUUUGUGGAGACCGGAGAUCAGAACUCGACGUCUUUCCCGGGUCAGAUCGACAACGCGGAGCUGUUCGAGGAUCUGGACUCGUACCACCUGAAGGAUCGUCUGGUGGAGGACGAGGACUUUGUGCUGGUGCCGGCAGAGGCGUGGCACAAGCUGCUGGCCUGGUACGGCAUAGCGGACGAUCAGCCACCGCUAGAACGCAAGGUGGUGGACCUGCCCAGCACUCUGAAGGUGGAGGUUUACCCCAUCGAGAUCUUCCUCUGCCUCCACAGCAACAUGGAGAACGUCAUCACCGCAAAGUUCAGCCGAACCGACAGCAUACAUUCGAUCCAGAGGGCGAUGUGUCAGGCCUUCUCGGUACCUCCGGGCUCAGAGUGCCGUCUGUGGAUGAAGAGUUCGGACAGCAGCUGCGAGCGUCUCAGGAACGUGCACAUGAGCGUGCUGGACGCCUGCUUGAGCUCGGGGAUGACGGUGAUCAUGGAGACAAGGAAUGCAGACGGCACCUGGCCGAGCUCCAGGCCUCAGAUCAUGAGGAACUCUGUGGAGGAGCAGGACUCGUACAGAGGGCAGCCGGGCGUCUGCGGCCUCACCAACCUGGGCAACACCUGCUUCAUGAACUCAGCGUUACAGUGUCUGAGUAACACUCCUCCCCUGACGGAGUACUUCCUGCAGAACUCCUACGUGGAUGAGCUGAACUUCACCAACCCUCUGGGAAUGAAGGGAGAGAUCGCCGAGGCCUACGCCGACGUCAUCAAGCAGAUGUGGUCAGGGAGGCAUUACUCUGUGGUGCCGCGCGUCUUCAAGACGAAGGUGGGCCACUUUGCGUCUCAGUUUCUGGGCUACCAGCAGCACGACAGUCAGGAGCUGCUGUCCUUCCUGCUGGACGGGCUGCACGAAGACCUGAACAGAGUCAAAAACAAAGAGUACAUCGAGCUGCGGGACGCCGACGGGCGACAAGACCAGGAAGUGGCGGAGGAGGCGUGGCGUAACCACCUUCGGCGGAACGACUCUGUGAUCGUCGACACGUUUCACGGCCUCUUCAAGUCCACGCUGGUCUGUCCCGAGUGCCACAAAGUUUCUGUGACCUUUGACCCAUUCUGCUACCUGAGCGUCCCACUUCCUGUCAGCAAGGAGCGUGUCAUGGAGGUGUUCUUCGUCUCUCUGGACCCGUACGCCAAACCUGUCCAGCAUCGUGUUGUGGUUCCUAAAGCAGGAAAAGUGUCCGACCUCUGCUCAGCUCUGUCAGAGAUGACCAGCGUACCGCCCACUCAGAUGGUGGUCGCCGAUGUCUUCAAUCAUCGUUUCUAUAAGAUCUACAACAUGGGCGAAAGUCUGAGCGCCAUUCUCGACCGAGACGACAUCUUUGUGUACGAGCUGAGUGUGCUGGAGGAGCAACCCGAGGAGCAGGUGCUGCUGGCGCUCUACCUGAGGGAGCGCUCGCACUACAGAGACUACGGCUCGGGCGGCGGCUCGUACGGCACGUCGCUGUUUGGACACCCACUGCUGCUCAACGUGCCGCGCAGCAGCUGCAGCCAGGAGGCGCUCUACAACCUGUUCCUGCAGAGACUGGCGCGCUACGUGCGACUGCCUGAUCCGUCUGAGGAGUUGGAGGAAGAGGAGGAAGACGAUGAAGAGGAGCUGUACAAGACUCAGACCAACGGCAUCAGUGAUGAUGACGAGCAGGAGGAAGUGGAGCCUGCUGGCCCGUCCCAGACAGAUUACUCCUGCGGUGACGCGACCCCCAACAGGAAAUCAGACGGCAACACCACAACGGAGCCACAGGCUGAGGAGAACCACACUCAGCCCUUACCGGACCACGGAGACCACGGUGAGAACAGUAACGGCUCCCUGAGCCAGACGGAGCCCAGCUGCAGCGGAGACGCCAACAGCGCCGAUGACAUAGACCCCAGCGAGCAGUCGGGCGGUCCCGCAGAAGCCGACGGCAGCUCAGAACCACCAGCGGAGCAGCCUCAUAAACCAACUGAGGAAGAAAAUGAAGAAGACAAGCAGGAGGAGGCGUGCUCUCCCAGCCCGCCAGCCAAUGAGCAUCCGGCUAAGAGGAGGGCAUGUCAUGUCAGGAGGAAGCGUCUGUUCAGCAUCCAGGCGGUCAACUCCAACGGGACGACCGAGAGGGGGAUGGGAGAGGGAGGAAGUGCUGUGUCCUUCAGCUCUCAGCCCUACGUGGCCAUCGACUGGGAGCCUGACAUGAAGAAGAGAUUCUACAACGAGAACGAGGCUGAGAAGUACGUGAAGGAUCCCAGCAUGGAGGUCCCUCAGCAGCACAUGACUGUUCAGCUGCAGCAGUGCAUCGAGCUGUUCACCACUGUGGAGACACUGGAGGAGGAGAACCCAUGGUACUGUCCGGUGUGUAAGAAACACCAGCUGGCCACAAAGAAGCUGGAUCUCUGGUCUCUGCCAGAGGUUCUCAUCAUCCACCUCAAGAGGUUCUCCUACACCAAGUUCACCAGAGAGAAGCUUGACAGCAUUGUGGAGUUCCCCCUCAGAGACCUCGACUUUUCUGGCUUCCUCCUGAGGAAGACUCUCUCCAGUGAGGAGCCUCCGAGCCGCUAUGACCUCAUCGCCGUGUCCAAUCACUACGGAGGACUCAGAGAUGGACAUUACACCACCUAUGCGAAGAACAAGGACAACGGUCAGUGGUAUUACUUUGACGACAGUAAAGUGACCUACGCCACAGAGGACCAGAUCGUGACCAGCGCUGCCUACGUUUUGUUCUACCAGCGACAGGACAAGAUCAGAAAACCCACACUGCCCGCCCCUAACACAGGCCCUGCCUCCUCCACCCAGACAUCCAAUGACACGGCUUCCUGCAAAGACGACGAGGACGACGCAGGGCCGAGCGCUGCCGCCUCCGCCUCCAGCAUCACUAUGGAAACAGAAUGAUUGAGUAAUUUGGUUUUCUCCAUCAGAGCAGCCUUUUCUUUGGUUUUUGUCUUUAUUUUUUUUUUUAGAAUUCUCAGUCUAUUUAUUUUUUUAAUUUUAUGGUGGCGACACUUGAACUUCCUCUAACGACGUCUCUUCAUUCCAAGUUACCAAAAGCAGGAAAAAGCACAUCAGCAGGCGGAGCUUGCAGCUCCUCCUCCUCCUCUUUCACCGUGAACUCUCGACACUCAGGUAGUUUGGUGCACAAAGACUGAAGGUGACGUUUGCUGGAGGGCGGAGCUUAAACUCACACCUGAAUACAGAAAAGCAGUCUGCUUCCUGCUUCAGGGACGAACUGAACCCUGGCAUUUAAGCUCUGACUGUUCACAUUUAUAAGUUCAUCUCCUCUUGACUCGAUUUUUGUAAUCUGACAUUCAAACGUUUGAAAAGCUGUUUAAUUAAAAUCAUUUGAAUUUUUCUGGAUGUCUGAUGCUCGUCCAGGUUGGGAAGACCAAACUUUAGAUUAGCCCACAUUCGGAAAACUCUUUGGCCAAUCAGCAGCAGCUCUGAAGUCAGCUGACUUUUUCUUUUCCUUAAACUGUAUAUAAAAGACGGAGAGUCUCAUUCUAAUCAUGAGUGAUGAGCGUUUCAGAAGUCACAAAACUAGCUUUGCGUUGUGUUCAGUGAGGCUUAAACAGCGACUCAUCGAGCAGCGUUUAGUGAGGUCACAGAGAGCGAGGGUCAUAGUUCCGCCACACCUCCAUGCAAACAGAAGUCGCCCCCUGGUGGUCGUUAGAGCGAGGGCCGAUUUAAAGCACCAGCAUUAGUUUAGCUUUCACACGUCUGUUUUAUUUCUGCGGUCAUGCGAACGUCUGCGAGAUUUACCACUAACAGAGGUCAAAGGUCGCCGCACACUUUUCACCUGCACUUUUUUUUUUUUACUCUUUACAUCAACAAACACGAUGCAGACGGGCGCCGGCGAACGUGCCCACCAGCAUUCUUUUAUCUGGGGUAAACCUCGCAGACGCUCACACGACAGAAAACGAGCGUCAGCUGACUGAAGAGGCCGCGCUGAGAGCAAACGAGUUCACGUUCACAUUGUUGCAUUUUCCACAUUCAAAGUUUUUACAAUUAUUCAAGCUGAGUGAGUUUGAAAAGCCAGUUUCUCGUAGCAAAUGUCUGAGGCAGAAAUUUAAUGACAAAAGUUUUUAAAAAGUCAUCUGUGAUCAAAAAGACACGUUUAGGAAAUAAGAGCACAGAGAUGGUUUCAGUUAAAGCCUUAAUUAGCGAGCAGCUCUGAUGUGGCAAACCUGCGACGACCUUCUGUAUUUGCUGUAAAGUAUUCGGAGACGCACUGAUUACAUCGGACAGCUUUGAUCCGAGUCUCUAAAACAGGCCAGUCUUUUUUUAAGUUAAUUUCACAGCGAGUUCAUGCUGAAUCUGAUUUAACAGAACUAACGAUGAUCAGACUUUAUGACAUUAAUGCAGUGAUUACUUUAUUAUCAGCUCCUGUAAAAACUUCAUCCUCUGAACUAAAAGAACUGAAGUUUGUUUUUCCCCUCCGAGUUUCUUCGAUUCAUCCUGAAGCGCAUCUGACAUCGUUUAAAAAUCCAGCUCUGAACUACAGCUCAGCAUCGUCCUGCGACAGAUAAAACUGUUAAAUACUCAUCUAUAAAGCAUAGUUUCACUUCCUUAUUUCUUCUUUCUAAACAGGCAUGCCUCAGUCGCUCGCUGAAGGGGAUUGUGGGUAAUCAGAGGAUCGAACAAAGCUGUCAGGGAUGAGAAAUGAAUUUUUCUCUGUAUAUUUUGGUCAUUUUCUUUCGGGUAUUUAUUGUUUUAAUGGAAUAAUUGCAGCUGUCACAUGACUACAGGUGGUGCGGGACAUUUUUCCUAUUUAUACGCGAAACCUUGAUUGAGGCUGAAAACACAGGACGGGUGUGCGCGUGCAGAGGCGGGCGCAGAGCGAGCUCCUCACUGAUUUUUAAACCAGCGCUGUGUACAGUAUUUUUGUAUUGUAAGUAAUGUAAGAUUAAUAUGAUCAUUCCUGGGUGGAGCAGCAGGGAGGCUUGGGGUGAUUUCUUUCUUGGGUCUUCCUGUCAAAUAUCAGAUGAGAAUAUUUUAUUGUACUUCAAUCUUUUGAUAUGAAUAAAACACGAUUAUUACCAGA